CGAGCCUUUGCGAUGGGUGAGUUGAGGGAUGGGUGGAGGGUAAGGCUCACCUUUGCGAUGGGUGAGUUGCAGGAGGGUACGAGUCGCCCUGCACAUUAUUCUGAUAACAAUUUGAAUGCCGACGCAAUGCAAUCUUUCUGCUAUGCGCUCUGUCACGUUUACGCUGGCUCGACCCGCUCAGUCUCGAUUCCCCCACCGGUUUAUUACGCCGACAAAGUUUGCGCCCGAGCCAAGAUCCAUUUCGAUCCCUCGAGGCAGGAUACCAACUUCUCGGAAACUGCAUCUACGGCUACUGGGACGACGGCAGCAACGGAGACUCUCGAGGCUUUCAAACGCGACUUCAUGCCGGUGCACAAUCUUCAAUCCGAACGAGCUUAUUUCUCGUAA